AUGAGUUCUAGGUUGGCUAGUAGCAAAGGGAAGGGAAGAAACAUAUUUAAACUAGAAAUUGAUCCGAAGAUUCUCGAAAUUCCAAGUGACGGAUAUCUGACUGUUCAUAUUAAAAAUGACUCGAUUCGAAUUGCGGGAAUAGUGGUUGAGCUCAAAUCUUCUAUGUUUAGAAUUGCGAAUCCAUAUGCUGAAGACGAUUCAACGACAGCAUACACUAGAUUGGACUGUGGAAAAACGAUCGAUCUUGUCAUAGCACCCAGAGCAUCUUUAAUUGUAGGAAAUUAUACGUGUGCUCCAGAAGGUACACUGACGAUAUACCACUAUGACUAUCCGCCGACAGAUGAAAAGACUAUAUAUGCUUGUAAUAAUGGUAGUAAUGCUUGGGAAAGUCCGCACGAGUUCCCAUUCUUGUGGACGAAGAAAUAUGAUAAGGAUCAUGGCGAGAUUGAAAUGGAUUUAGUGCUUCCAUUUGCGGAAGGACACGUGAAAAAAAUGAGAAAUAAACAUUUGAAAGAUAAGAAAAGACAUGAGAAGCAGAUGAGGAAAGAGGAGAAAAGGGGACAUGGAAAAGGUGGUUGCACUAUCGUUUGA